AUGGCGAAUUACGGCCACCCACCCGCCAUGAGCUCGACCUUUGUGCCCGGCGGCUUCGACGAUGACUACUACAUGCCAGUGGCCAGUCCGCCGCUGAUGGCCCCCGAACCGCAGAGGAUCAACCCGGACAUGUCGAACCAGAUCGCUGGGGGCCUUCAGCACAUGGACCUGAACGGGCAGUCGCGAUCGUCGUACGUGAGCCCGCCCGAAGCCAACACACCGCACCUAUCGCCCUUUCCCAAGCUGCAGAACCCGCCGCCGAACGUUCCUCCCUCCGAUGAUGAGCUCGAAGCGCGACUCGAGAAUGCGCGCCUGCCUGUGCUCAACUCGAACGACCCGGAGAUGCAACUAGCGUGGGCACAGGAUGCUCUGACACAUGUUGCAAUAUGCGCAGUAGAGGCAGAACGGUUGGCGGCGCUCAAGCCACAGCAGGCGCGAGCAGCGACGCCGAGGAUAGAGCACCAGCUCAAAUCGGAUGCCAUGAACAUUGUCACAUUCCUAGCAGACCAGCAUCACCCGCGGGCAGAGUUUCUUCGAGGCAUGUGGCUGGAGUGGGGCAGGUACGGUCAGCGGGAGGAUAAGAAGGAGGCGUUCAGGUGCUAUUCGAGAGCUGCCGACAGAGGCUACGUUCGAGCCGAGUACAGGAUCGGCAUGUUAUACGAAGGAUACAAUGACCCGGCCAAAGCACUACGGCACUAUCACAGAGGUGUCGAUGCAGGGGACGCUGCGUCUUGCUACAGACUUGGAAUGAUGACAAUACGAGGACAGCACGGCCAACAACAGGAUUACACGAAAGGCAUUGAGCUGAUCAGAAAGUCUGCGGAGGGAGCGGACGAGAACGCAGCACAGGGCGCGUAUGUUUAUGGGAUGCUGCUCGCAAGAGAGCUACCACAGGUCGUUGUUCCGGAGCAGUAUCUGGAGCUUAAUGAGCAGCUGGCGAAACAGUACAUUGAAAAGGCCGCUUACAUGAAGUUUGCCAAAGCACAGGUUAAGAUGGGAUCAGCAUACGAGCUUGGGUCAAUGGGUUGCGAAUUCAGUCCGGCACUUUCAAUACACUACAACGCAUUGGCAUCGAAGCAGGGAGAAUCUGAUGCGGACAUGGCACUCAGCAAAUGGUUCCUGGUCGGCUCAGAAGGUCUCUUUCCAAAGAAUGAAGAGCUAGCAUACACAUACGCCGAACGAGCAGCAUCUGGAGCUCUUCCUACGGCAGAAUUCGCUCUCGGCUACUUCAACGAGAUCGGCAUGCACGUGCCCGUGGAUCUCGAAAAGGCGGAAGAGUGGUAUCAGAAAGCGGCCAAGCACGGCAACAGCGAUGCCAAGAACCGCCUUGAAGGCUUAUCCAGGAAACAGGUGCUCACAAGGACAGACCACGAGAAGACUGCGAUCAACAGGAUCAAAUUACAGCACGGUUCAAUGCGGGGACAACGACCGACGAGGUUCCAAAGACAGCAACCUUCGGUGGGCACGAUCGAGGAGAGUGCAUCUGGCGCACCUUAUGGCGAUGGCUAUGGUGCAGUGCAGCCUUCUAGAAACUCCAGCAGAACUCCAUAUCCUGAAGACAACGGCCCUCCACAGAUUGGACAUCUACCAGCACUUGAUGCAAGGCCCACCUCUGUUGCGCCCUAUCCAAUGAGUGAUGGCCCUCCUCCGGGUGCACACACCUCGCCUCAAGUGGGCACUGGCCCAGCUGGUGGCUUCUUCAACCCGGGAGGACCACAAGGCCCAAGACCUGCCACUACAAUCAACGCAGAUCGUCCUACAUCUGCUUUCGGCAUAAGAAGUGAUCAUCAUGGCGACCCGAACUUCCGACCAAACUCUACUGCGUCCGUACCCACGAGGCAACAACCAUAUCCCGGACGACUCGCGCCAGCACCGUUGGGAGGUGGGCUUCGGCCACAGACAGCACGCCCGUAUGAACAGCGGCAGACGUCGGCGCCAGCUUACGGACAAGGCUCCGCCGGCUAUGCUCAAGGUGGUCCACCACUGCAUCCGCAUGAUCCUCGUACUAGGCCUGGUAUGUCAGAUCGUGUGGCUUCAGGCCCGGCUGGAAUGCAGAACGGUCGGCCGCACAGCACUGGACCAGCGCCUCCCGGACCAGGCCAACCUCAACAUGCACCUACUGCUCCUGCAGGCGCUCCUGGCGUUGACAUUGGCUUCGCAGCACCGCACUCUGGCAAGGCAGAAGUGCCACAAGACCCAACAUGGCGAGAACGACGAGAACGCAGAGGUAGCCGAGGCGAUCGAUACAACCGCGGCCAGGACCAAGCACUACCGCAGUACCAGAAUCUUCAGUCGAAUCACAGUAUGCCGAACUUCAACAACCCGACACAAGGGAACGCAUCGAGGCCGGAGUCACAACCUCCGCCAGAUCAAAGGAGACCGACACCCAGUGGGAGUGGCCCUAAGCCUCCCGAGGGGAGUGCUUAUAAGCCUCCCGCGAAAGAGUCGGCACCCAAGCCAUCGACAGCGGCACAGGUCACCGCAGCAAGACCGCCAGGCAAAGGACCAAAGACGUUCGAAGAGAUGGGUGUACCUGCAGGGCCCGCGGAGAAGGAUUGUGUUGUAAUGUAA